GAGGACCGCACGGACCCGGGGUGUUUGAGUGUAGCCGCCCCGCGUCGGUGUCCGUGCUGGAGCUUCCGUCUUUGCGGUUGCCCAAGGUCAGGUCCUGAGGGCUCUCGCAGGAGUGUACCGUGGUUUGCAAGCGACGUCUAGGCUCCUGUGGCGGCCUUGGGUCAGGCUGGUCGGUCCCUGCUAAGCUGUCAUCUACCCGCAGUUCCCGGUGGAGAGCAAGAAACCAGAUGCAUCCGAAGCCUCCAGAAGUAGCUAUGGUCAAUUAAACAGGUGAUAUUCUUCAGUAGUCAAGAUGUCCUCAGCACCUGAGCCUCCAGCAGCGAAGAAAGACCCACCAAAAGAGAGGAACUUUCAAAACCCAGGCCUCCGAGGGACACACACGACAACCUUAUUUCGAGCUGUGAAUCCUGAGCUCUUCAUUAAACCUAACAAACCCGUAAUGGCCUUUGGACUGGUAGCCCUUUCCCUUUGUGUGGCUUACAUUGGUUAUCUGCACGCAGCACAAGAGAACAAAAAGGACCUCUAUGAAGCCAUUGAUAGUGAAGGGCAUCGUCACAUGAGGAGAAAGACAUCCAAAUGGGAUUAAGUGCUGUUUGCUUCAGAUGGAGCGUUAUUGCAGGCUCUGAAAUCUUUAAAUGAAAGACUCUCUGAGAGUAUGGAAUUAUGUUUCUUGUUCUGUAAUCUGUCAACAAGAGAGAAUACACAAUUGGAAGGCGUCCACUGUGCUAAAUAUAGUCCCAUUACAGCUGCGGCUGUUAGCCCUUUCUCUUCCCACAAAGGAAUGUCUCAAUAUUUCUUCUGUGAAAAUGCCGUAAGAAUGGGAGUCUUUUUGUUCAAUUCUGUAUAAUAAAAGUACCCAGUCCUGUUAAAUUUG